CUGUGAUUUACGGGACCACAAGCCGAGUGGGAGAAGAGCAGAUUUCCAACGAUGAAGAUCACCGAGCUUUGGGUCUAUCCGAUCAAGGGCAUCCGAGGCAUCCAACUCGAUGUCGCGAAGCUUGGGCCUCAGGGUAUCCAACACGAUCGUCGGUUCAUGCUGUGCAAGGUUGAAGCUUCCGGAGAAUUAAGCAAGAUCCAACUAUCCAAGUAUCCGCAAUGCUCUCUCUUCGCGCAGGAGAUCGUGGGGGACAACAUCCAUGUCCGGUACAUGACUCCACAAGAGCCUUUGGUACCUUCACGGCCUCAGCAAAAGGUUGUUCUGGACAUUCCCCUCGAGCCGAGCCUGGAGGACUUGGAAAAGGCACAUGUCAACCUUCAUCAAAGCCUCGUCAUUGCGUACCGUAUGGGAACCAAAUGUGAUGCAUGGUUCUCAGCCUGCUUUGGGUUUGAUACUGCGCUCAUCUUCAUCGGAGACGGCCGACGUCCCAUCCUGGGAACUUUCUCACCCAAGUCCCAGCCGGCUGCGAAAUCAUGGGUUUCCUCCGUAACGGGCCAUGUUGCAGGAAAUAGGAUCGAUACAGAAGAAGAUGACUGGUUGACAUUUACAGACUGCGCACCUUACCUCAUCACGACGGAACAGUCACUGAAGAGCAUGGGCGCAUUUCGACCAAACGUGGUUGUGGAUGGCGAGGCCGAGUGGGACGAGGACUUUUGGGCAGAGCUUUGUAUCAACCGCAACCAUAAGCUGUCCCUGACCAAGAACUGCAACCGGUGCACAUCGUUGAACGUCGACUACAAAACCGGCUGUACUGCAGAGGGAGAACGUGGUACGGUGCUGAAGAAGCUCAUGUCCGACCGGAGGGUUGAUAGCGGAGCCAAACAUUCGCCGGUCUUCGGCCGAUAUGGUUUCCUCAUUGGUAGUCCCGACGGCAACGAUAAGGUCUCUGUUGGUGACAGCGUCGAGGUGAAGGCAAGGAUGGCUCAGCGGGCAGUUUGGGACUGGCCAAUAAAGGAUCCCCAAGCUGCUAGGUAUUAUCAACAAACCUAA